CCGCCGCUGUCGAGUGGCUUUCGCAGAAGCGAGUGGCGAGCGCCCUGCUCCAGUCCCGGCUGGGAACUGAAGUGUACGAGCGCUGCUGCUCCUGGAACCCGAGCUCCGGAGCGGCCGGCGGGGGUCGAAGGCCGGGGCGGCGGCGCGCUCAGCUUCGGAGGCCCUGGCUCUGGACCGAGCGGGCUCGGAACUGCGCGGAGGGGCAGAGCGCACUCCCCGCCGGCCUGGCCCGCGCAGCAGCCGGGCGUCCGGGACCGCGGAAGGCAGCACGGCGGCGGCCAGCCGGGGGCAGAGGGCAGAGUGCCGAGCGGCCUGGCUCGGCGGAGGGCGCCGCCCGGCCCGGCCUCAGCUCGGAGCCCGCGACGGUGGCCAGAGGAGCCCGGCGGGCCGCGGGGGUCCUGAGCGCCUCCAGCCCACGGCGGGGGGCGUGCCUCCGCCCCGCCGCGCCGCCCCGGCUCGCUGCUCGCCGCGUUGCCGGGGCAUGUGAGCGGGAAGGCCAGGCUGCUAGUCGCCGGGACGUACGGAGCAGGAGCGGGAGCGCGGAGCUGCGACCCCCGGGCCAGCGCCUGACCGAUUAGAUGUCCAUGCAGAGCCCCGUCUCUGUGCAGCUGGCCCCCGACAGUGCUAGCACCAUGGUGAACUGCACCAUCAAGUCUGAGGAGAAGAAGGAGCCUCACCACGAGGCCCCCCAAGACACAGCCACCGCAGUGGAGCCCCAGCCUGGAGACCCAGCCCUGGCUCCGAAGGAUGCUGCCAGCUCACAAGCUCCAGCUCAGGACUGUGCCUCGCCAGAGAGCAGUGGAUCCCCAGACCCCAAGAGACCGGCAGCUUCUGAGGCCGCUUCGGGAAGCCAGGAGCGGCUGGACUUCAAUCGCAACUUACAAGAAGUUGUACCGGCCAUUGAGAAGCUGCUGUCCAGUGACUGGAAGGAGCGGUUUCUGGGAAGGAGCUCUGUGGAAACCAAGGAUGUCAAAGGGACCCAAGAGAGCCUGGCUGAGAAGGAGCUUCAGCUUCUGGUCAUGAUCCACCAGCUGUCCGCCCUUCGGGACCAGCUCCUCACGGCCCACUCGGAGCAGAAGAACAUGGCCGCCAUGCUGUUCGAGAAACAGCAGCAACAGAUGGAGCUGGCCCGGCAGCAGCAGGAGCAGAUUGCCAAGCAGCAGCAGCAGCUGAUUCAACAGCAGCACAAGAUCAACGUCCUCCAGCAGCAGAUCCAGCAGGUUAACAUGCCUUACGUCAUGAUCCCAGCCUUCCCCCCAAGCCACCAGCCUCUGCCUGUCACCCCUGACUCCCAGCUGGCUCUGCCCAUUCAGCCCAUUCCGUGCAAGCCAGUGGAGUACCCGCUGCAGCUGCUACACAGCCCUCCUGCCCCUGUGGUGAAAAGGCCCGGGGUGGCCACCCACCACCCCCUGCAGGAGCCCCCCCAGCCAUUGAACCUCACGGCCAAGCCCAAGGCGUCUGAGCUGCCCAACGCCUCCAGCUCCCCCAGCCUGAAGAUGAACAGCUGUGGGCCUCGCCCCUCCAGCCACGGGGCUCCCACGAGAGACCUGCAGUCCAGCCCCCCCAGCCUGCCUCUGGGCUUCCUGGGUGAAGGGGAUGCUGUCACCAAAGCCAUCCAGGAUGCUCGCCAACUGUUGCACAGCCACAGUGGGGCCUUGGAAAACUCCCCCAGUACCCCGUUCCGAAAGGACCUCAUCAGCCUGGACUCCUCCCCAGCCAAGGAACGGCUGGAGGAGAGCUGUGUGCACCCGCUGGAGGAAGCCAUGCUGAACUGCGACAUGGACAGCGCCCGCCAUUUCUCUGAGUCCCGGAACAGCAGCCACAUCAAGAGACCCAUGAAUGCCUUCAUGGUGUGGGCCAAGGAUGAGCGGAGGAAAAUUCUCCAGGCCUUCCCAGACAUGCACAACUCUAGCAUCAGCAAGAUUCUUGGCUCUCGCUGGAAGUCCAUGACAAACCAGGAGAAGCAGCCGUACUACGAGGAGCAGGCCCGCCUGAGCCGGCAGCACCUGGAGAAAUACCCCGACUACAAGUACAAGCCAAGGCCUAAGCGCACCUGCGUGGUGGAGGGACGGCGGCUGCGCGUGGGCGAGUACAAGGCCCUGAUGAGGACGCGGCGCCAGGGUGCUCGCCAGAGCUACGCCAUCCCCCCGCAGGCUGGCCAGGCACAGGUGAGCUCCUCAGAUGUCCUGUUCCCUCGGGCAGCAGGCAUGCCCCUGGCACAACCGCUGGUGGACCCCUAUGUCCCCCAGGGCCUGGACCCCAACAUGCCCGUCAUCAUCAAUACCUGCAGCCUCCGGGAGGCAGGGGAGGGCACAGAGGACAGGCACUCAGUGGCUGAUGGAGAGAUGUACCGGUACAGCGAGGACUCGGACGAGGAGGGCGAAGAAAAGAGUGAUGGGGAGUUGGUGGUACUCACAGACUGACCCCCAGCUCGCUGGGCCUGGCCUGUUUCCACCGGGGAAGACCCCGUUCUUCCCAACCCGACGGGCACAGCCAGCCAGCCAGCCUCAACUACGUUGGUACUUGGACUUGGGUGUGCCCAGGUGAUGGGCGAAGCUGCACACUUGUAGAUACAUUCCCAAGGUGUGUGUGUAUGUGUGUGUGUGUGGUGGGGGGGGUUCUCCUCUUCACCACACCUUCGGGCACAUCUGAGGAGUUAAUGGCUUGGCUGGGUGGGAUUCCUGUGGCUGUGAUAGGCCAAGUCGGCUGAGGUCUUUGGCCCUUGGGGCUAACGGCCAGGGAACACUGGAUGCACUCCCCCUUGUAGGUCUAGCUGCCCGAGGGGACGGCAGGUACACACACCUGUCCCCCAAACAGGCUCUGUUUCCAUUUUGUCAUGGCCAAACCAGCCAAUUGUGGGACAACAUCUCUGUCCCAGAAGCUCCCAGGUCACUCCUCUGUCACCUGGAUCACUUCAUGCUUCGUGCAGAAGGGUCUGGCGAGUCUGUCUUUGUCUUCCAAGUCCACGUGCCUCUGGCUGCUGCGUGUGUGUGUGUGUGUGCAUAUGUGCACGUGUGUGCAUCCGCGUGUUCAGUUUCAUCUCGCCUCUCUGGGCAGAAGGUGGCUGCUGUGAGCCAGGCAUGUUGAUGAGCUCUGUGGUGUGUCUCUUGAUGCUUCUCCGGGGGCCUCUCUCUGUGCUUCUUCGUGCCCAAAUUGCUACCUCUUCGUCAGUCUGGUGUCUCAGGUUCUCUGUGUUCUCACCCACUGUGCAUUUCUGUCUCCAUUGUUCCUCCAUCUGUCCCCGCUCCCACCACACCCACUGGGUCCUCUGGGUGUCCGCAGGGCCCAGCCUGCCCCUGGGACUGGCAGUUUCCUGACCCCAUGCCGACCUUUUCCUCCCUCCUGACUUUGCCAGUCAGUUCCCACGGAGCCAUUUUUAGCUCCCACUACUGUGAGAGUGUGCCUCGGCUUCCAAGGGGCAUUGUCCUGCAUCCCAACCUGACUCCCAGGCAUGGGGGCCAGAGGACUGAUGGCUCCUCUUUUUGUCAGUGACAGCCCUGCAGAGGGGACCCCGGCCCUGCAGAGGGGACCCCAGCUGGUCUCCGUCCCUUCGUGAGCUUGGGGUGGCUUCCUUCCUCCCCCACUCUGUCCUGGGGAAUGAGCUUCACUCCUGAUAAGCUUCCUGGUUGUUUCCCAAGAAAAUCAAAGACCAUUAGCACCUAGCUCCCAAAGAUCUGGAACAGUCCCCGAGCCAGGAAGAUGACCCCAAACCCCACGUGGCCAGGUGCCCCCCCCACCCCGUGACCCCAUUUCUCUCCAGACUGUUUCUUUUUAUGACUGUAAACAUAGAUAGUGCUUUAUUUUGUUACUAAGAAGAUAAUGAUGAAUAACUUAACCAGCACACUUGUUUUCUGAUGGCAUAAUAAAGACCAACCAUUUCAGAA